GCGUCAAGCCAGGCGAUGGCUUCCAGUAUGUCGUCCAUCUCUACUUCUACUUUGAUUUGGACAAAAACUAACCACCUGCUCCAUAGAUCGAGUAGAGCGCUUGCAAAUGCGGCAGCGCGGAGCAGGGACUCGGAAGAUCAAGGAAGUCGAUUUUGGCUUCUCCCUAGGGUUUGAGCCGGCUCCCCCCCAAGAACCCCCAGUGCCCGCGUUCCAGUCGGCCAAGCGCGAAGAAGCUACAGCGCCUCAGCCCCCUGCGGUCACUGCCCCUCCUCCUUCCGAGACUGCCACUGCGGCUCCCCCACAGACUCAACCGUCUCCAUUGCCUUUGGGGGGAAAUGUUUCGUCCCAGGGGUCCAUUGCUCGGACUCCGGGAAGUGCGCGCAAUAAGCUCCCCCCGCGGCCAUCCACCUUUGAUAUACCUGCAGACGAAGAGCUAGGGCUAGGGCGCAGUAGUAAGAGGAGAAAAAUCGAGCCUCCUACCGCGACCGCAAGACCAUCGACAAGUGCACGGCGUCAGAGCCAGAGCCCUAGGAAUGCCCCGACCGGUCCUACAAAUAGUGUUGCCUCUCCAACUGCCGAUGGUAUUGCGAUGCCCAUUAGAACUAGCACGAUAUCGAAACAGGAGCAAAUCCAGACCGAAGAGCCUCCCAGCGAACCCCCUCUGAUAUCUACGACCGCAUCGACAGAACAAGCAUCCGAGGCUGUAAACGAAGCGGACCAGCCGUUGGAAACCGAGAAUAGCCUCCCACCUACAGAAGUAAACGUUCCACAGGCGAAUGGUAUAUCCUCGCCGCCUUCAGAUGUUCCGAAGGGGAAGCGCAGACGACGAGGACCAAAGGGAGAUAAGUCGCCUCCUUCACAGAGCGGCAUAACCGAGGACGAGCCUGCUGGACAGGAUGUACCUCCAUUUACAGAGCCAUCGGAAGUGGCAGACGCUCCUCCCGACACUGAGCGCCCCCAACCUCGACGCGAAAAACGAUUACGAAGCCGAACCCCAGCGUCCGGAAUGCCUUCGGCGCCGUCAUCGCAGCCACAUAACUCAUUAAUGGGGGGAGCAAUUCCGGAACAUUCGCCUACGCAAAGUAACAUGAACCGAGGCCGUCCUACACGAAAAGGCAAAAAGCCCGUCCGGACAUCGGGAAGCACUGUCCAAGGUGAAGAGCCCGCGGAACCGGCGCCAACACCGGAGGCAGAGAUCAUACCUUCAAUUCCUUCAAAUAACGCCAGCGCUGGUGAACCGACCACUUUGUCUGAACCAGACCAGCUGAAUGUGGUGGAAACCGGUAAGAAACGAGCUGGACGUCCCAAGAAGGCAUCUUCAAAGCCUCCUCCAACAACAGUACAAGAGGCACCGCGCCCAGGGAAACGGAAGCGGCGGCAUGAAAAUCAGGGAGCGACACAGGAAAUGGAACCGCCGCAGAAGUCAGAGAUAGAGCCGGAGCCAGAAGAAGCAGAACCGGAAGAGGAGCCUAGUGAGGGUGAACGAGCCAAAAGUGCCAAGCGUCGCCGUGGCAAACGGCCAGCAACACAGCCUGAUGACCAACCCUCUCCGCAAGAAGCCACCACAGAAGAAGCUGCUCAAACAAAGAGGAAACCCAGACAGCCUCGCGGGGAAACCGUCCCGGUGACGGUUCAUCGGCUUGCAAAUGUCACCAGACUAGGGGAGCCCCCAGAGGAUGAACGAUCGGCAGAAGAGUCCCCAGAUGAACUCUCUAGUGGACAAAAGUCCAGACUUCCCAACCGAGGAGGGGUGAAUGCUGCCGAUGUGCUUGGCCAGAUUUGCCGCGAGACGCUGGAGAAGACAUUAAACACGCUCAAAAACGGUAUAUCGAACGAAGCAAACACAGCGAAACGCGCAGAAUGGACUCUGCGUAAGAAAGCGGUGGAGGCAUUUGGGGCGGAACUCGAGGGACGAUUGUUUGAGCUGAGCGAAAUGCUCGACAGCAACUUUGUGCUGAGCGUGCAGCUCAAGAAAGCCAAACGGGGUAUGAUGGAUCUCCGGAGCCGACUGGAUCAGAUCCGGAGGGAACGAGAGGCUGUGGCAUUGAAAAUGGACGCGGUGCGCAUGGAGCAUACGCACGAGGAACAUUCCCGAAUGACUAAAUUUUGUGCCUCAGGUUCGUUCUACGAUCAAUCACUCGUUACAUACCCUGGAUUUAGCCCUGGAGCGUGGCCACACCCGACCGGAGGCUUCGCACGACCCGACAUUGACGGCUGGACUAGAGUUUCGACUUCGCGACGCGGCACAGAAUGUGAGCUCGGCAGCAUCUGGAGCUCAGGGAGGGCUGUUGAAUCAGAUAAAGCUGUUCAAUGCACAGCUAGAAGCUGCUGCUCGGAGGCUGGAGAAUUAAUCUGGUUCGGAGGUCGGGCUUCACCUUGUCAUUUUUACCAAGAUCUUUAAAAUCCACGGUUGCGUGAUGAAAUCCCAACUUUCCUAUUUUCAGCGGCAACCUGGUCUAGGAUAGGAUCCGAGUCAUCUAUCGGAUGUAGUAAUGCAAUGCAAUCAAAUUCAAUCUAUCUAGUAACAGAGUAUUCGAUAUCUAACCCCUGGAUAU